UUGCAGAAGAUCCUGCAAACAUUGUAAAAUUGUUCUAGGAAAAAUACUGUUCAUUAGUGCUUGAGGGAAAAAAAACAUAAAAAGGCCAGCAACAUGAAUGGAGAUCUUUUCCAAGAAUCCAGGUACAUUGAAGAGAACACUUCCCAGAAAGAUGCAAUCUCUCUUAUUUUUUCCCUCAAAGAAGAAGUUGGAGCCUUGGCUAAAGUCCUUCGCAUAUUUGAGGAAAAGGGGAUAAACUUGACUCACAUAGAAUCCAGACCUUCCCGGCUGAAUAAAGAUGAAUAUGAAUUUUUCAUUAAUCUGGAGAGCAAGAAUAUUUCUGCCCUUCCAGAUAUCAUCAAGACCUUGAGAGAUGACAUCAGAGCAAAUGUUCAUGAACUUUCACGUGAAAAGAGGAAAGAUGCAGUUCCAUGGUUCCCAAGAUCUAUUCAAGAACUGGACAGAUUUGCGAAUCAGAUUCUCAGCUAUGGAGCAGAACUGGAUGCUGACCAUCCUGGUUUCAAAGAUCCAGUUUACCGGGCCAGAAGAAAGGAAUUUGCAGAUAUAGCAUACAACUACAGGCAUGGGCAGCCUAUACCCAGGGUGACUUACACUGAGGAAGAGAAGAAGACAUGGGGGAUAGUCUUUAGGGAACUGAAGACUCUCUAUCCUACACAUGCUUGCUAUGAACACAAUCAUGUGUUUCCACUCCUGGAAAAAUACUGUGGCUACCAAGAGGAUAACAUUCCUCAGCUUGAAGAUGUGUCAAACUUUUUGAGAAGUUGCACUGGAUUUCGCUUACGACCUGUGGCUGGUCUUCUUUCAUCUCGAGAUUUUUUGGGUGGCUUGGCUUUUAGAGUAUUUCACUCUACGCAGUACAUUCGCCAUUCAUCAAAACCAAUGUAUACACCUGAACCUGAUGUUUGCCAUGAACUCCUAGGACACGUCCCUCUGUUUGCUGACCCUAGUUUUGCUCAGUUUUCUCAAGAGAUUGGGUUGGCUUCUCUAGGAGCACCAGAUGAUUAUAUUGAGAAACUUGCAACGGUUUACUGGUUCACUGUGGAAUUUGGCCUCUGUAAAGAAGGCAACGCAGUUAAGGCCUAUGGGGCUGGACUGUUGUCAUCAUAUGGGGAACUGCAAUACUCUCUGUCAGAUAAACCUGUCACAGAACCUCUCAUCUUGGAAAAGACUGCAGUUCAAAAAUAUCCAGUUACUGAAUUCCAGCCUAUUUAUUACAUAGCGGAAAGUUUUGAAGAUGCAAAACAGAAGUUAAGAAAAUAUGCCUCAAUGAUUUCACGUCCAUUUUCAGUCCGUUACAAUCCAUAUACUGAAAGAAUUGAGGUUCUGGACAAUAUCAAGCAAUUAAAGAAUUUAUCAGAUGCCAUUGGCAAUGAAAUGGAACUUCUUUGCAAUGCUCUCCAGAAGAUAAAGUGAAAGAGAGACUUCUGGGCUUGUCUUGCUUGUUAUUUUUUCUUUAACCAAAUCAAUUUGCCCAUAAUUAACCUAUAAUUCAGAAAAGUAACAAAAUAUAAUAUACAAUAUGUUUAUAUAUAUAUAUAUAU